AUACACGAAAUAUAUUUUUUACGUGUAGCAAAAUGUACUUCUUUUUAACUCUUAGGGUAUCAAAAAGCAGUGCACAAUUAUAAUACAUGGGAAGUAAUCAUGUACUAAGAUUGCGCAUUUAUGCUGCUUAUGAGUUAUUUUGCUGUAAAUUGUACAUACCGCUAACAAUUUUUUUAACAACAUUGUUUUCGAGUUGCCAUAUAAAAUAAUCACUUGUCAAUGUCAAGUAGUCUAACUAACUACCCAUACUGUCAAAGCAACAUUUUGUAAAAAUAGUAAACAGAGAAAACUUCGCGCUUUUUGUAAGUUAUAUUUUCAGGCGUACUUGUAGUUUCUGUAAAAGAUGUCUACGAAAUCUCUAAGCUUUAUGGUUGAAAAUGGGCUUAAUUUAAGAGAUAUUGUAACAACCGGUUCCAUUUUACAUAUCAACCAAGACUCCGAUGAGGUUGAUUUGAAAUCAGAAGGCCAUGCUGACAUACCAGUAGAUACCUUAGGACAGCCAGUUCCGUCGUUUGCUGGCUUAUCGGAGCUACUGGUUGCCAUUAAUGACACUAGAUAUGUAAAAAAGAAAAUAAUUGAGGAAGGAGGUGGCUUCGCUCUCCAUGCAGGUUGCACAGUGUCAAUUGCAUUCUCUGGUUAUUGGGAGAAUGAGCCUAAACCUUUUGAUAUGGUUUCAGUCGAUAAACCAAUGGUAGUUGAUUUAAAAGACAAUGGUUUACUACCAGGGUUGCAAAUGGCUGUUGAGUCUAUGUUAGUGGGAGAAACAUCAGUAUUUCUAUUAACAUACCAAGUAAUGUAUGGUGAGAUGGGAAUCCCACCAAGAAUUAAACCAAAAGCAGAUUGUGUGUUUUAUAUUAAAGUAGUUAAAAGUAUUCUCUCACCUAAGGAAGGAAAAAUAGAUUUUUCAGAACCAAAUAUGUUUCAAAGAGUACACCAUGAAGUUAAGAAGUUGUACAGUUCAGGCACUACCUUAUUCAAAACAAACAAUUACAUGGCGGCAACACAAAUGUUUAAGAAGGCAGUCAACAUGCUUCACAGGUGCCGACUUGCUGACGAAGAAGAAGAAAAAGUUCAAGAAAAGCUACUCAUAAAAUUGUAUAUAAACUUGGCAAUCUGUUAUAAUAAAGUAAACAAACCCCUCAUGGCUUGCACAGCAUGUAAUGAACUAAACAGACUAAAAAGCUUAUGGAAUAAUGGGAAAGUACUCUUCCAAAAUGCAAAGGCUCUUAGGACUAUUGGAGCCUAUGAAUCUGCAGAAAAGAGACUGAAAAAAGCCAUGUCCUUACAUCCAGACAGUAAGGAAAUGAAAGAAGAAUAUGAAUUACUGCAAAAAACUUGGAAAGCCAGUAUAGAAGCUAAAACUAAUGCAGAAAAAGCAAAGAAAGCUGUCACAGGACUUAUAAGUGAUGAAUUUAAACAAGAAGUUGAUGAAUUAAUUAGUAACUUUAAAAGAAAUGAAAAAUAUCAACUUGUAUUACCUUCGCACUUUAAUUCUGAAGAAUUAGAAUAUCUUAAAGAAGUUUGUAUAAGGGAGAACUUGUUCUUUAAUAAGUUUGAUAGAGGUGAAAUACCUGAUUAUGAAGAAAGCCAGUCUGAUACAGGAACAGAAUUAAAAUAUGUGUUAUACAAGUUGCAUGAAUGAUCAGUAAAUGCGAAUUUUAAGUUAACACUAGCUGACUCCGCAAACAUUGUUUUGUUAUAUAAAUUAUUUCUAGAGAAAAAAACAUUACUCAAAUUAUAAUAGAACUAAUAGAUGUGGCAGUUUUUGUACGAGUAAAAUAUAUUAAGUUUAAGAUUUGUUGACUCAGUAUAAAAGUCAAAAAGUCUAGGGCUGUGAUAAAAUAUGUUUAAAAGUAUUUGCUUGUUUGUAGUUGUAAAUGCAGGAAUUAGUUUUCUUUACAAAAAGCUAUAAGCUACAUGCAUGUCUAUUUACUGUAUUCAGUUAGUCAUAUAUUAAGAGAUAUGAAAUCAAAUGAUUUUUUGUGCAAUUACGAUGUCAUCUUUUUUUCGAGUACGCCACCUGGAGUCGACAUUUCCUGUCUGACAACCAUGAGGAAAAAUUACGAAACAAACUUAGGGCUCGAGGUCUCUUCAGACAAUUUUAGCAUGAGAUUAUGAGUAUAAACUAAUGCAGUGUUUCUUUGGACUGGCCUUUGAUAGUACUUAAGUAUUAAUUACAGUUAAGAUUUUAUGGCAUCAUAUCGGCAGUUUCUUCCCAUUAUGAAACUAAGCUAGUGCAGGUGAAUAAUUAAUGUUUGCAAUAUAUUUUUUGUACUUUCUUUACUUGGUUUGUGCAUAAGUAAACAAGUCUUCCUAUCCA